CCGCCCACCUCUGAUCGCGAAAAGUUGACCACCUAGAACAUCAACCCGACUAGAAGAAUUGCCGACGUCAAAAGCAAACUCCUGCGCAGGAACCUCUCAGAGUCGAAAGUCUCACCAGUCGCGUUUUUGAAUCCGGCACCAUAGCUGCAGAAGCUUACACAUAAUCUGCCCGGUAUCCUAUCGCUGAUUGAGACCUUACUGUUGACUGCGCGUCACUCAAAAUGAUGACCUCGAAUAGCAAUAUUCUCUAUAUACCCUUCCGUCGUGCUACUCCCGUCACUUUCAGCAAUGCCAUCAAGCAAUACAUUUCAACUAAAUAUGACCAGCACCCGGAUAUGUUUGCGCAGGACCUCGACGUGAUCGAUCGGUUACGCAAUGAUGCCAUACAUUCUCUCGAGCCUCAUGUGAGCGGUGUAAGAAAGCUCAUGGCGUAUGCUGCGCAGCUGGUCUGGGUUUCGGGGAAAUUCCCUAUCGAUAUUGGUGUUGAUUUCACAUGGUACCCGGCACUUGGCUAUAACACGCAACGGCCUGUUUCCCAGAAUAAUCUCCGCUUUGAGCUUGCAAAUGUUCUUUUUAACUUAGCUGCUCUAUAUUCGCAGCUUGCGAUAUCCGCGAAUCGAAGCACGCCUGAUGGCCUUAAAUCGGCCUGCAAUUACUUUUCUCUUUCGGCCGGUGUCUUAUCUCAUAUUAAGACGAAUGUUAUACCCGACCUACGGUCAACGCCGCCCGAGGACAUGGAUAUUAUGACCUUGGAAAGCCUGGAGCAUCUGGCCCUUGCACAAGCGCAAGAAUGUUUCUGGCAAAAGGCAGUAAAAGACGGUCUGAAGGAUGCUUCCAUUGCAAAGCUUGCUGCAAAAGUUUCCGACUUUUACAAUCAAGCGGCAGAUUUUGGAACGAGAUCCGAUACCAUCAGCACCGAAUGGCUUCACCAUAUGACUGCGAAACACCAUCAUUUCGCUGCGGCUGCUCAGUAUCGAGCGGCAUGUGACUGUUUAGAAAAGCGAAAAUACGGCGAAGAAGUUGCAAGGCUAAAGGACAGUCUCACUUGCGUAAAUGAGGCACUGAAAGAAUCAAGAUGGGUCAAUAAGGUUGUUCUCGAGGACUUGAACGGUCUAAAGAGUCGAGUACAGGAAGAUCUCAAGCGCGCUGAGAAAGAUAAUGAUAUUAUUUAUCUAAUUCCUGUUCCACCCAAGUCCGAGCUGAAAACGCUUGACCGAGCUAGCAUGGUUGCGCCAAAGGUACCAAAAGAAGUUUCGGACCCGCUCUCCUCUCUUGGCGAUCAUGGUCAAUUUGGACAGCAGCUCUUCGCUCGGCUGGUGCCUUUCGCUGCUCACGUCGCGGCAAGCAUCUAUGUUGAAAGGAGAGACAGGCUCGUCAAUCACAAUAUAAUAGGUGAUCUUGAGAUUAUGACGGGCAAGAUCCACGACACACUUCAAUCACAUAAUCUGCCGGGCUCUCUCCAGGCUCUGGAAAGGCCACUAGGCCUGCCUCCUGGGCUUGUUGCGCAUGCCGAGGAAGUACGUCAACAAAAUGGCUUUGCUCGUCUGCAAAGAUCAGUCCAAGACACGACCACGUUGAAAGAGAAUGACAAAGGCGUCUUCGCAGAGGGCGUAGAGCUCCUGAAGAUUGAAGCAGCUGAAGAUGAGAAAGCGAGGCUAAAGCAUGGAACAGCUCGAUGGACUCGAGAACCCUCGAAAAUAGCUGCAGCGAAGCUGUAUGCUCAGAUUGAUGAAAUUGAUGGCUAUUUGAAAUCAGCCAACAGCAGCGAUGAAUUGGUCAAGAACAAGCUGCGCGAAUGGGAGGAUAUCUUGCGACUUUUGAGCGGGACCGAUCAUGACUUGGAGGAGUUCGUGCCGAGCAGCAGAAGAGCUAAGCUGACGCCCAAGGUUGAACGGGACGCGGCAAAUCUUCGGGCUGUUCUUGAUGAUUUGAGCCGUGUGGAGAGCCGACGGAGGCGGCUGGUUGAAAAAUUGAAAGAAAAGGCCAAGCUGGACGACAUCAAUUCAACAAUCCUCGCGGAGACAAGCCGUCUAGAGAGAGAAUUUCCUAUGCAAAAGAUUGAGCCGGGCCAAUUCGAGAAAAUCUUUGAUGAACGACUAACGCGUUAUGACGCGGAUCGAGCGUCUCUGACAGAGGAACAGGAAGUGCAAGAUCAGCUAUUAGCGCAAUUGGAAGAAGCAAACUCCGCACUCCUUGCCGCUCGGAAAGGCGAUCCAUCAACAAAAGAGCGAGAACAGGCUUUGCAAAAGCUCGAAAAUGGAUACUUCAAAUACAAGGAGAUUAUAUCCAAUCUCGACAUUGGGCGCAAGUUUUACAAUGAUCUUGCCAAGAUUGUCAACCGGUUCAGAGACGAGUGCAAGAACUUUGUGUACCAGCGCCGCAUCGAAGCCGGUCAGCUUGAGUCAGAUCUGACAACAGCAAUGGCAUCCCUCAGCGUCUCCCAAACACCCUCAGCUGCAUCUAUGCUUCAGGAACAAAAGCGCCAAGAAGCAGAACGACUCUCACUCGCCUCCUCAAACUCUCCACGUCCAAGUACUGACCCCAUGGAUCUGGAUCAGCAACACCCGCCAUUGACGGCCCCUGUGCCGACAAGAGCGCCCGUUGCUCCUCCGCCGGUCAACGCCGGAAUCUGGUCUCCGGACAUGGGCAUCCGAUUCGGCGGCGGUCCACCCGCACAUCCCUCCCCUGGAGGUGGAGCUCUAUCCACCUCCUUUGCGCCCCAUCAACAGCCGCCAGGUAUAGACAAUUCGACUAAACCACUGCCCAAGCCCGGGACUUGGGAUCCUAGUCGCGGGUGGCAGUUUAGUUGAUGGCCUUUGUGAUUUUAUUCUUCAUCUCAAUUUAUCUUUAUUUUAAAAAAAAUUUUAUUUUAUUUCAUUUCAUUUCAAAUCUCUUUUUUUUUUUUUUUUUUUUUUU